AUGGACAGUGUGAAAGUGUUUCUGCGCGUAAAGGGGGAAGGAGAGAAGAAAGAAGGCGAAUUUUCCUUCCUGGACAACUCUGUGGUCGAUGCAACAGGGAUGUACGAGUUCGACAAAGUCUUCUACGGGAAGGAUCAGCAGGCUGUUUUCCAGAGCAUUUCGCCCAUAGUGGGGAUGGCUCUGGAGGGGUAUAACAUGGCAGUUUUCACGUACGGGCAAACGGGGAGUGGGAAAACCUUCACAAUGGAGGGCACUGAGGAGCACCCUGGGAUAAUUCCGCUGACGAUAGAGAAGGUCUUUUUGGACCGGAUAGAGAGCGCUGAGAUCUCUAUGGUGGAGGUUUACAACGAGAAAAUAUACGAUCUAAUAUCCGAGAAGGCGCUGAGCGUGAUGGAGGGCGGGUCCGGGGUUGUGCUGAGUGGGCUGACGCACGUGAUGUGCAAGACCGAGGGGGAGGCCGUGCAGGCCUUCGAGCAGGGGAUGAAGGCGAGAAAGACGGCCUCCAACGGAGUAAACAGCAAAAGCAGCAGAAGCCACAUGGUAUUCGUGCUGAAGAUACAGCGGGUGGUCGACGGGUGCGGGAUAGAGUCCAAAAUAACGCUGGUCGACCUUGCAGGGUCUGAGAAGAUGUGCAUGGAGGGGGAGGCGGAAGGCUUUUCUGUGAAGAGGCAAAAGACCUCCAGAAAGUCCAUGGAGACAAGCAAUAUCAACAGGAGCCUUCUGUACCUUAGCAGAGUGAUCAGCACGCUUUCCACGGAGGGCAAGAAAAAACACAUCAACUACAGAGACUCCAAGCUCACGUUCAUUCUCCGGGACUCGCUGAGCCAAAACUGCAAUUUGUCCAUCAUCGGGAAUGUGGACCCUGCGGACCAGACGGAGACCAAAAGCACGAUAAGCUUCCUGUGCACGGCCAAAAAGAUCAAGCUAACGCCCAGGACAAUGAUAGAUGAAAAAACAACAGAAAAAUUGAUAUCUCGAAUUCAGGUUCUUACGAAGGAAAAUAUGGCGCUGAAGGCAGAGGUAAAGGAGAUGCUUGCUGCAAAGAGUCCUGCGAGCGAGUGCUGGGCUGCCAAAACAGUGGGCGCCUGCAUUAAGGAGCUGCAGAGCCUCGCAGGGACGGUGGAGGCCCUGGAAAGGAGAGCGAGUACGGUCGAAGAGACGGUAGAUGCCAUCAAAAAGGGGAAUAACGAAGUGGGGGCACUGAUCCUGCAGAAAGUCCACGCCAGAAACAUCCAGGAAAUAUCCGCGCUAGAUGGCUUCCCCAGGAGAGAAAAGGCUCUGGGAAGCACUGCCGUGAAGAGCCAGAAAAAGCAGUGA